AUGACGUGGAAUUCGAGGUGUAGUGCAUCUGGGGUGAAUCCUUUACACCUUGAGUAUUUCCAGUUCUCUGGAAGGAUGAUCGCGUUGGCCUUAGCAUAUGAUGUCCAAAUCGGAGUAGCUUUUGACCGCGCAUUUUUCUUACAAUUGGCUGGAUAUGACGUAUCAUUGGAAGAAAUUAGGGACACGGAUCCAUUAUUGUACCGUAGUUGCAAGGAUAUAUUGCAUAUGGAUGCAGAUACCGUGGAUGGGGAUAUGUUAGGGUUAACAUUUGUGUGUGAAUUUGAGUCCUUGGGUUUGCGGAGAGAAAUAGAGCUAUGUCCAAACGGGAAAGAUAUCGUUGUGGACAGCAAGAACCGGGAGGCUUAUGUUGAUCUUCUUAUCCAACACCGCUUUGUUACAUCAAUAGAAGAUCAGGUCGCGUAUUUCUCAAAAGGCUUUUCAGAUGUAAUAACUAAGUCAGAGUUCUUCUUCCGGUGUCUAAGCCUUGAAGAUUUCAACUUAAUACUUGGCGGUAGAAUUGAUAUUUCUGUCGAGGAUUGGAGAGCACAUACUGAUUACAAUGGCUAUGAUGAAGAAAGUGAUGUUCAAAUAUCCUGGUUUUGGAAGAUAGUAGAGACUAUGUCUGUUGAGCAGAAGAAAAUGCUCCUUUUCUUUUGGACUUCAAUGAAGUCUUUGCCUUUUGAUGGAUUUGGUGGUCUUGAUUCAAAACUGUCCAUCCACAAAACCUUAGAGCCAGAUGAUCACUUGCCAUCAUCACAUACUUGCUUCUACCAACUAUGCUUACCAGUUUAUCAAUCCAUGACGGACAUGAAAGAUCGACUCAUGAUUAUCACCCAACGAGACAUUGCAUCAAGCUUCGGUACCUUGUGA